AGCCAGUUCCGCCUUCGUCAGCGCUGACGUCAUUCCCUCAGUAGUGACUGCUGUUAUCAAGAUGGCGCUGCGGCCAGGAUCUGGGGGAGGCAGCAGCUUUAUGUAUCCUGUCAGUGGGGGCCUGGGACCGCCACAAGGAAUGGUCCCGAUGCAGCAGCAGCCGCAGCAGCAGCAGGGCUUCCCGAUGGUCCCCGUCAUGCAGCCCAACAUGCAGGGAAUGAUGGGGAUGAACUUUGGGGGGCAGAUGCCCCCCGGCCCCAUUCAAAUGCAGGGUGGGAUGGCAAUGGGGAUGCAGACGCCCGGGAUGCCAUAUUUAGGUCAACCACAGUUCAUGGGCAUGAGACCUGCAGGACCCCAGUACACAGCUGACAUGCAGAAACAGAUGGCAGAGGAGCACCAAAAGCGUCUGGAGCAGCAGCAAAAGAUGCUGGAUGAGGACCGGAAAAGGAGACAAUUUGAAGAGCAAAAACAGAAGCUGAGGCUGCUGAGCAGUGUCAAACCCAAGACAGGGGAGAAGAGUCGGGACGACGCCUUGGAGGCGAUCAAAGGCAACUUGGACGGAUUUAGCAGGGACGCUAAAAUGCACCCGACUCCUUCGUCACAGACCAAGAAGCCAGACUCAUCGCCAUCACACCCGCCUGUCACCGCUCAUUCCCUCCCCCCUGCUUCCUCCGAGGAUAAUGACGAGUUUAGUGACUUUCAGGGGCCUGUAGACGCCCCCGCCUCCUUCCCUCCAUCCUCCUCCUCCUCUUCCGCCUCCACAUUUAGUCUCUCCUCCCAGGCCCACACGCAGCCUUCAUCCUCCGCCACUGGUGGUUUUGCCGAGGAUGACGAUGAGGAGUUUAGCGACUUUGUUCAGGGCCCCGUAAACGCUUUCCCUUCCUCCGGUUUGCACCUCACCUCUCAAGGCCAAGUUCAGCCGCCAUUCACUCCCUCGCAAUCCCUCCCCGCCUCUGUGUCCAUUCCCACUGCUUCCCAACACUCUGCUGUCAACACCAGUUCACAAUCUUCAUUUCAAGGCCCCUCGCUGGAAGAGAAGCUGUUCUCCUCGUGCGAUCUUACCGCCGAUAAAUCCGCCCACGUUAGCUUUAGAUCCAAGCAAAGUCUGGCUCAGAUGGCCCCGAGAGCCAAAGUGGCGUCCCAGUUCUCGGCCAGCCCCAAGGCCAGGAACUGGGCCGCGGCCACGGAGGACUUGAGCUGCGUCUUCGUCGCGGAGAAGGCCCAGGAAGCCUCGGCCUCUUCGCCCCACCACCAGCUCCCAUCGGCCGACAGCCCGUCCGCUCAAAGCGGUGGGGACAGCGCAGGUGUUGCUGUGUAUCCACAACAAGAGCACAUCCAGUCCAUUCUCCCCGCCUGGGUGUACAACGACAGCCUCGUCCCAGACAUGUUUAAGAAGGUUCUUGAAAUCACGAUGACUCCGUCGGGGAUAGACACAGCGAAGCUCUACCCGAUAUUGAUGUCGUCAGGCCUGCCCAGGGAAGCGCUGGGGCAAAUCUGGGCGUCGGCCAAUCGCACAACACCUGGCAUGCUGACCAAGGAGGAGCUCUAUACUGUACUUUCACUAAUUGGUGUGGCACAGACCGGCCUCCCAGUAUUAAACGUGGAAAUACUGAGUCAGUUUCCGUCUCCGCCCGUGCCCAACCUGCCGGCCCUGGCUAUGGCCAUGGCCCCCGUCAUCCCCCAGCACCAGCAGCCGAUGAUGACCCAGCCGCCCGUCUCCAUGUCCAUGGCCACACCAGCAGCACCGGUCAUGGCCAUGGCUCCCACUGCACCGGCUCAGCCGCAAAACGCAAACUUCAUCGCCAGCUUCCCACCUGCACCAGCAACACAGGGGACCAAAGCCGAGGAGGACGAAUUCCAGGACUUCCAGGAGGCUCCGAAGGCCGGAGCAGCAGACCAGGGCUUCGCCGAUUUCCAGGGGGAAUCAGGGGGAAGUUUUCCCACCGCUGUUUCACAUCAGCAUCCAAACAGCACGCCGGCCAUGUUGACUCCAGUGUCCGGUACGUCCUCUUCCUCCGUCAUGUCCUCCGAUAAGUACGCCGUGUUCAAGCAGCUGUCUGUGGAUCAGCCUGCAGAGCCCACACCCACUGUCUCAGAUUCUGGGGACAAAUACAGCGUAUUCAGGCAGCUCGAACAGCCUGCUGACAAGAAAACAGUUGUUUCUGAUGGGGGCUGCUCUUACAUCUCCAGGGAAGGAUUUGCAGAUUUCAAGUCUGUCAACGCCGACGACAGCUUCACAGACUUUAAAACCGCCGACAGCGUCUCUCCACUAGACCCGUCAGAUCAGACCAAGAUCUUUCAACCCGCCUUCCCCUCUGCUUUCCCGAACUCUCAGACUUUACAGCAACUUCCGCAGCAGCCGGCAGCGUCUCUUCCCCAGCCCAAAAAUCCUCUCAACAUGACCGACUUGGACCUUUUCUCUUCCGCAGCUCCCUCUGUUCCUCCCUCCACCGAGAAGAAGCUCAGCACAUUCCCACCUGUAUCUGUUCCCCCGUCUUUAAGCGCCAUGCCCGGUGGAGCUAAACCUCCGGGGGGAGGCGCCGACGACUUUGGUGACUUUGCGCUCUUCGGCGCCUCUUCUGACUCCACUCAGACUCCAGCAGCAGCAGCAGCAGGAGGCGCUGCAGCAGCCCCUCAGGACGACUUCGCAGAUUUCAUGGCGUUCGGGAGUUCUGGCGGCGAGCCGAAAGGCGAAAGCGGCACGGUGAGCCGGGCGGACUCCUCAGCCAAGCAGCCUCAGCAGAGCUCGGACAAGUACGACGUGUUCAAGCAGCUGUCCCUGGAGGGAGGCCUCUCCUACGACGACACGAAAGAGAGCGGCGGCGGGUCCUUCUCCUCCCUCAAGAGCGACGCCGACGACUUCGCCGACUUCCAGUCGUCCAAGUUCUGCACGGCGCUCGGCGCCUCGGAGAAGACGCUGGUGGACAAGGUGGCCGCGUUCAAACACGGCAAGGAGGACUCGGCGUCCGUCAAGUCCCUGGACCUGCCGUCCAUCGGCGGGAGCAGCGUGGGGAAGGACGACUCGGAGGACGCGCUCUCCGUGCAGCUGGACAUGAAGCUGUCGGACAUGGGCGGAGACCUGAAGCACGGCAUGUCAGACAGCUCCCUGGAUUUGCCGGGCCUCUCGGCCCACCAGCCCCCCGCCACAGAAAGAGACGACAUGAAAUUUGACCCAUUUGGGACGUCAGCCCUCAGCACCUUGUCCAACUACGACUGGUCAGUUCAGGAUGAAGGUCUGGCCAGUGAGCUGAGAAGGCCUCAGGGCUCCGAAGGGCCUUCUUUGUCAUCUUUAGUACCGUCACAGAAGAACGAACUCAGCUUUGGCAGCACUGAAAACAUCUCAGGCGGUUCCCUGGCAAAGAUCACCACCUCUUUAACCACAGAGACUGGGUCUUCUGGCGGUGACAGGUUCGAGGCCUUCGCUGACUUCGGUUCCUGUGACCGGCCUGCUGACAACGACGACGACGACGACUUUGGAGACUUUGCUAGUACCGUUUCCGAAAAAUCAGACUCGCCCGCUGUCACCGCUGAGGCGGGCUCAGAGGGAAACCAAAACGAGACCUUAGAAGAAUUUGGCAUCUUCCAAGGGGACAAGCCCAAAUUCGGCAAGUUUGACUUCCUGAAAGCCAGCGCUCAAACCAAAGUCAAAUCCAGCGAGGAGAUGAUCAAGAACGAGCUCGCAACGUUUGACCUGUCCGUUCAAGGCUCUCACAAACGCAGUCACAGCUUAGGCGAGAAGGAGAUCGGGCGGUCGCCUCCGUCUCCAGCUCCGGAGCAGCCCUUCAGAGAUCGAUCCAACACGCUGAACGAGAAGCCCACCCUGCCUGUCAUCCGGGACAAGUACAAGGACCUGACAGGCGAGGUGGAGGAAAGCGAGCGGUACGCCUUCGAGUGGCAGAGGUGUCUGGAAAGUGCUCUGGAGGUCAUCACCAAGGCCAACAACACCCUGAACGGCAUCAGCAGCUCGUCUGUCUGCACCGAGGUCAUCCAGUCUGCUCAGGGCAUGGAGUACCUGCUGGGCGUGGUGGAGGUGUAUCGGGUGACCAGACGAGUUGAGCUGGGCAUCAAGGCGACCGCGGUGUGCUCCGAGAAGCUGCAGCAGCUGAUGAAGGACAUCAGCCGAGUGUGGAACAACCUCAUUGGCUUCAUGUCGCUGGCCAAACUCGUCCCAGACGAAACCUCCCUGGAUUUCUCCUCCUGCAUUUUGAGGCCCGGCAUCAAGAACGCCAAGGAGCUGGCCUGCGGAGUGUGUCUGCUGAACGUCGACGCUCGCAGCAAGAGCAAAGAGGGGAGCGCUAUUGGACGUCUGUUAAAACGAGCUUUCAACUCGGAGACGGACAACUUCAAGCUGCUGUACGGGGGCCACCAGUACCACGCCAGCUGUGCCAAUUUCUGGAUCAACUGCGUGGAGCCGAAACCUCCGGGCCUCAUCCUGCCUGACCUGCUCUGAGCUGCCAUGGAAACAGAGCGGGAAAUAAUUAACUCCAAAUAGGCGGAGCGGUCAGUCGCUUCGCGCCGAGAACGAGCGGAGGACGUUUAGAGCCACUGGAUUCUGCUGUUUUCUUCUUCUUCCACCUUUUAUUUCUGCUUUUAGUUCAGAUUUUUUUUAUCCUCUCCGGGUUUGUUUUAACAUCUUCUUUUCUUUUUUGUUUUUCCUCAUUCAUGCAAAUCACUUGGGUCAGUGGAGGGGGGGGG